AUGCAAACUGUUUCUGAAUAAAUCUAAAGAAAAGAGUACCAAAGAAAAGUAAAUAAAUGUAUAGAAAAUUUGUAAUUAUCAGUUGAGGUAUAAAGUUAUGUAAAUUGAUAUAGUAGUCAUUUAACAAUAUUGAAGCCUAACUUGAUCAACUUCUAAAUGAUGAAUCUAAUUAGAUAAUAGCAUCUAAACGAUAAAAUGAUUUAACAAAUGUCAAUUAGAGUUGUAAUUUUAUAUUGAAAGAUGAUCAUUUCCAAUAAGAAAUUUGUUAAGAAGUGACUUCUUUAAUCAAGACUAAUAUUUAACAUAUUGAACAAUAAUAUCAAUAAUAAUUGUAUGGAACUUACUCUCAAUUGUAACUCAUAAUCUAAUAAAAGGAUUCUCAAAUUUAAUAACUUAUUAAUUCAUAAUUUAUUUAACGAUCAUCAACAUUUACAUUUACUCAAUUAAAUCAUAAACCAUUCAAUUAUUAAUUGAUACAAGAAAAUUCAAUUAAAUAAUAUUAAUUUUGUAGUGCAAUUGCCGUUAAUAAAGAUUGCUCAAUAUUAAUUGCUGUUUGUGAAAGUUAAAUUAAAGUGUUUGAAUUUAUGUCAGGAAUGUUGAAAUAAACUUAAAUUUUAAGUGGACACACUCACCAUAUUAAUACGUUGAAUUUUAUGAAGAAAUCGGAUCAGCUUAUAUCUGGGAGUUAAGAUUAUUCAAUUAUAAUAUGGACAAAAGAUCAAAAUAAUUCAUGGAUUUGCAAAUAGAAAAUCGUUGGACAUACAAAGAGUAUCAUUUGUUUGGUAUUAAAUAAUAAUGAGGAUCUUAUUGUAUCUGGUAGUUAGGAUAGUAAAAUAAAAUUCUGGUAAAAGUAAAAUGAAUGGUUCAGCUUUUAGACAAUCUCUGAACAUUAUUCAGACGUAUUUGGAUUAAGUUUUAAUGAAUAACAAAAUAAAUUAAUAUCUUGUGGAAGGGAUGAACUUAUAUUAGUAAUGGAACAAUUAUAAUUGAAUAAAUAAUGGAUAGUAAUAUAAAAGAUUAAAGUAGACUCUUAUGGUAAAAAAUUAUGCUUUAUUGAUGAUAAUACAUUCACAUUUUAACCUUAUAAUAAAGAUUAAUUACAUAUUUUUGAGAUGGAUAGUACUAAUAAAUAGUAUACUUAAAUGAAGGACAUCCUAGUAAAAGGGGGUGAAGAUAUUUGGUUGUUCCCAUAAUAAUAUAUAAAAUCAAAAUGUAUCCUUGUGAAUAGAAAGGCAUCAAAUGUCAGUUUAAUAAGGAAGAAACAAAAUAGUGAAUUUAUAGCCGAGUAAUUUAUUGAUUUUGGCACAAAUCAUAUUUAUGGAUGCUUGACUGAUGAUGGGUAGUUUUUGAUCACUUGGGAUGAUAAAUCAAGAGAAUAUUAGAUCAGAAAAUACUAGGAAAAAUGA